AUGGGGGACUUGAAUAACUGCAUGAUCCAGAAAACUUCUCGCUCUAAACUUAUGAACAACCUUCUCGAAUCUUACAAUUUGAAGCUUAUCAAUAGAAAGCCCACCCAUCAUAUCCACAAUUCCAAUACUUUGCUGGACUUGCUUAUCACGUCUGUUCCAAGCAAGGUAGUUGUUAGUGCACAACAACAUGCCUAUCAGUUUUCUCAUCACGACCUUAUAUAUGCUGCUUUUAAAUUCAAGUGCCCUAAACCGAUACCUCGAGUUAUUGAAUGUCGUGAUCUGAAGAGAGUGGAUCAAACUCUUUUGAUUCAGGCGACAAGAACCAUAUGUUGGGAAUCGGUCUAUAAAACGGACUCUUUAGACGAGAAAGUGAAAAUUUUCUCAGACAAAAUCCUUGAGGUAUAUGACAGGUUGGCCCCAUUAAAGGCUGUCAGAGUGAGGCAUCCCCCGUGUCCCUGGCUAACCGAUUAA